CCCUCGACAAGGCAACAGCACAGCGCACCCGGAAACGCAAUUCCCCGAGAGAACAAAAAGUUACGUCAAAGUUUUCCCGCCAAAUGGAAAAUAUUUUUUAAACCAGAAAAUAUCCAAAAAGUGUUUGAACAAAAAAGAAAAAACUGAAAACUGACAAAAAAGUGUACAAGUGAAGCGAGAAAAACUCGAAAUAAAUCAAAUAAAAAAAUAUACAGAAAUGGCCAUUGCAUAUUUUAUACCCGACCAGGCCCAAUUGUUGGCCAGAAGCAAUCAGCAAAGUGCUCAACAGGCCGCCGCCGCUUCAGCAGGAGCCGUGCCUCAGCAACAGCAACAGCAACAACAGCAGCAGCCACGACAACCGCAACCGCAGACGAGCCAACAGCAGCAACAGCAACAACAACGUCCACAGUUCCGUGCCAACAUAUCCGUGCCACUGGGCCGGCAGCAGGGUGCCAUGAGCAUGUCCGAGUUUGGUUGCUGGGACCUCCUGGCACAAAUCUUCUGCUAUGCCCUGAGAAUCUACAGCUACAACUCCAGCCAGCGACGGCCGACGGUCAUACAGAUCUCCUUUGAGAUCAGAAGCGGCAGCCAGCAGCAGGAACAGGCGCCCGACUCCCAAGCGGAUGUGACUGAUGCCACUGGCAAGGGCAACUAAAUGUUUCCCAGAAGUGUGGCGACGGGAAGGGGGGGAAUACUAAAGUAAUUUGUCUUUAGUUUUCGACGGCGGCAGGCUCAAUCAAAGCGCAUUGUGAUUUCUUUUUUGAGGAUUGGACAGGACACGAGGUUGGAGGAGAGAUAGAGAGAGUUUUGUAAAAAUAAAAUGGGAUAUUUCCACAAAAUAAGAAAAAUAUUUUU